UCAGAUGCAACAGCUUGGCUCAGUCGUUGUCGGUGCUCCGGUCAUGGCGGACCAAGAGGAGAAUUUUGGCCUCCCAAACUCUCCCGGCGGCUCGGAUUCGAGAGAAUUGCCGAGCGAGAAUAAAUCAGAGAAACAGAACGGGACCUCAAGCAAAUCCCCGUCAUCACAGACAACUUACAUCCAACAGGGAAUGGAGGGAAUCAAAGUCUACCUGCACGAGAGGGAACUCUGGAUGAAGUUUCACGAGGUGGGAACGGAGAUGAUCAUCACCAAAGCAGGGAGGCGAAUGUUCCCCAGCUUCAAAGUAAAGGUCACGGGAUUAAACCCCAAAACUAAAUAUAUCCUCCUGAUGGAUGUUGUUCCUGCAGACGACCAUCGAUACAAAUUCGCCGACAAUAAAUGGUCUGUGACCGGGAAAGCAGAGCCCGCCAUGCCCGGCAGGCUCUACGUGCACCCGGACUCUCCAGCCACGGGCGCGCACUGGAUGAGGCAGCUCGUGUCCUUCCAGAAGCUUAAACUGACCAACAACCACCUGGACCCGUUCGGACACAUCAUCCUAAACUCGAUGCACAAGUACCAGCCGAGGAUCCACAUCGUGAAGGCUGAUGAAAAUAACGGCUUCGGCUCCAAAAACACGGCCUUCUGCACUCACGUUUUCCCAGAGACAUCCUUCAUUGCAGUCACGUCCUACCAGAACCACAAGAUAACUCAGCUGAAGAUCGAGAACAACCCGUUUGCAAAGGGUUUUCGUGGAAGUGACGACAUGGAACUGCACCGGAUGUCCAGAAUGCAAAGCACCAAGGAGUAUCCAGUAGUACCUCGCAGUACAGUGCGUCAAAGAGUGGGCUCUAGCCAGAGCCCCUUUAGCGGGGACGUCCAGGGCCUGGCCACCCCGAGCACCCUGAGCUCCCAGUACUCCUGUGAGAACGGGGUCACCAGCACCUCGCAGGACAUCCAGCCUCAGUCGGGUUCCUACCCAUUGCCUCACGAGCAUGGCCAGGAGUACCACUGCAUCAAGAGAAAAGUGGAGGAUGACUGUCACUCAGGUGAGCACAGCUAUAAGAAGUCCUACAUGGAGAGCUCGUCCAGUGAGGAGGACCAUUACUACCGUCCUGUCAGCUACGCCCAGAGCCUCGGCCUGGCUGGCGGCCCAUAUCGCAGUGAAUCCAGCCAGCGGCAGGCCUGCAUGUAUGCCAGUGCUUCACAGGGCGCCGAGCCUGUUCCCAGUUUGGAGGACAUCAGCUGCAACACGUGGGCCAGUGUUUCGCCUUAUGGAGGCUGCUCGGUCACCACCAUGCAGCCAAUGGAGAGGCUGCCUUACCAACACUUCUCGGCUCACUUCACCUCAGGGUCUCUGGUGUCCAGACUUGGCGGGGUGGGGGGCCACGCCUCUCCACAGCUGGGCGAUGGCCCACCACCGGCCAUGUACCAGAGCUCCAUGACCCACCAGACUCUGGGCCGCCAGUGUAGUCCUGGGGCGGGGAUCCAGUCGCCAGCCGGCCUGCAGGGAAAUGAGUACCUCUAUACACAUGGCCUACCGCGUACGCUAUCGCCACACCAGUACCACACUGUGCAAAGUGUCAGCAUCAUGCCCGAGUGGAACGAGAACAGCUAAAACAGCUUUUUACGCCUAGAACAGACAAAAAUAAAAGGAAAAAACAUUAGGACCAAACGAGGCAGGGGUUUAGAGGAAUCUAUAUUUAUAUUUUUAGAGGAUGUGUUGCUGAUCAUCUUAAUAAGAUCAGUGUUACUUCACUGACAGCAGUGGAUAUUUGUAAGACUGUUAAAUAGGAAGCAAGUAUCUAAUCACUUAAAUUUCCUGUGACAGCAUCUGCACUUAUAUGCGAAAAAACAUUAGCAUAAACAAAACGGAGCUGGACCAGAAGAUAUGAAAAGACUGCUCAUAGGCAGAAAAACUGAAAACAAUGGAAAUUCAGACGCUGAAUUGAAGACAGAAAGCUUCACAUGCUUCGCCAGAUGUCCCCAUAUUGAUGAUUUCUUUGUGCAGUGGUGGUUCUUGGAUGUCAAUGUUUUAAAGACAAGUGAAUUUGUUUUCAGCAAACUCUUGUUUUGUGUUCAUGUCCCUGAAGUUUUGUAAA